AUGCCUAAACAGCGCCAAACAUGUACGCGUUGCAGCCAACGUCGACAGAAAUGCGACCGGAAAGCUCCUUGCACGAGGUGCGUGCAAAACAGCGAAGGUCACCUAUGCACGACCAAGUGGGUUAAUGGCUACAACCCCACUUUACAUCGCAAGUACCCCGCAAAAACACAUCCCACAGUACCCUACCAGCCACCCGCCAGUUCAUCAGAUGGAACGGCUUCCUCAUUGGACGUCGUUUCUCCUCCCGAUCUAGCAACAAACAACGACUCAGGAUACAGGGGCCAGGGCUUGCCUUCGCAUGUACAGACUCCUACUGCAGAAGAGGCGCAAUCCCUGGGAACCGUCUGGCCUUCGAAACUCAAAGAUAUCACUAUUGGAACCUUUCUAUCCGAAAAAGAUCAACAUGCACAGCAGGGUCUAUUUGACCAGAGCUUCAGAAAUGUUCAGUCAAGAUCCAAAAAUUGUCCUACUAUUGCCAGUUAUCUCUCCUCGGCUGCCAGAGCCGUAGAAAUCCAGCAUGUUCAAUCACUUUUGCCAUCAAAAACACAGCUAGUUCAAAUCGUCGAGUAUUAUGAGCACUUCAUGUUAUACUGGAGCGGUGGAAUAUACCACGGUCCGACUUUUCGGAAAAAGCUCCUCGAAGGCUACGGUGAAUCUCAGGAGCUGGACCUGCAAAGCUUAGAUUGGCGUUGGACAGGCCUUCUAUUCGCGAUACUUUCUUCGAGCAUAAUCGGUUCUUCGGAAAAUGUCUCCCACGCUUGGGGGUUCUCUAUCGACGACAAAAUCCGCCUAGCGCGAGAAUGGGGUGCCGCUUCUUUAUCAUGUCUCAACAUGGGCAACUACACUUCCCAGUAUCACAUAUACUCGGUUCAUGCGAUCUACAUUAUGCAUGCGUACGAGCAUCUGGGGUUAGGACUCCACAAACUAGGGCCUCAUCCAGACGACGACAGGAUCCUCGAGCUGAACGCGGAGCAGAAGCAAGCGUUCGUUGAACGCGAGAUAGGCCGUCGAACUUGGUAUACCUUGACUUGUCAGGAAUGGUGCGUAUCUUACAUUUGUGAACUCGUUUUUGCAUUGGGAGAGAUAUAG